UCUUCCACAGGUAUACAUUGAAAAAGAAAAACCAACUUCUUAACAAAGAAUCCUUCUACGUACGUCUUCUUAAUUUCCUGAGCAAUUUUCAAUAUAAUUCUGGCCCUCAGAUUUUAAAUCAUUUUCACUACUUUCCUUCUCAGACUUUAUAAAUACCCGGGGUAAUACAUGAUUGUGAUCACCGAUCGUUGGUUAAUUAAUUAAUUAAAUAUUUUAUUAGUUAGUUAACCAUGAAGACCGCUUUAGGAUUCGUAUUAAUCCUGUUCUUGUGCUCGUUGCAUUGGCGAUCCACGGCCCAGAGCUGCGUCGACGAGGCGUUUUCCGGCGACAGGAGUUACAGCUCCUGCAGCUCCCUCCCCUACCUCAACGCCUCCCUCCACUGGACCUACCACCCUUCCAAUGCCAGUCUCGACGUCGCCUACCGCGCGCUCCAGUCCUCCUCCGGCUGGGUGGCGUGGGCCAUCAACCCCACCAGCAGCGGCAUGGCCGGCGCCAACGCCUUCUUAGCUUUCCCCAACCCCACCACCGGCGCCACCACCGUGUACACCACUCAAAUCUCCAGCACCGGUCUCAUCCCCAGCGACGUCGCGGACGGGAACUUGACCUUCGCUGUGUACGGCCGGGAGGCGGAGUACUCGAGCGCCGGCGGGUACUACACCAUCUACGCCUCGUUGGAGCUGCCGGGGAAUGACACGCAGCAGAACACGGUGUGGCAGGCGUCGACGACGUUCUCCGACGGCGUGCCUUAUGGCCACCGUUUUAGUGGGGAUAACGUGUUGUCCUUCGCCUCCUUGGAUUUUUCGGUUCAGGGAGGCGGCUUGACUAAUUGAACCGGGUCCGACUUGAAUUCGUCGAGUUGACUUGAAUUAGCUGUCAGGCCAUUUAUAUGUCAUCAUUACACAAAUAUCCACUUCUCCAGAAGUUGCUAUUCGAAUAAAUAUCAUUAUAUUUCUUUUAGAAUUUUCUUUGGUCGCCACGUUAUUUUACAGCAUUUAAAUCAUAAUCAUAUAUCAAUAAGCAUCAGAAUUUUCUAUGGACAAA